AUGGACAUGCCAAAUAUACCAAAAACAUAUUCCUCUGACAGGCUCGUCUACAGGGCAUUAGAGAACAACGAACAGGAUACAGCAUAUAUCUUCAAGUUUCACGAAAACGAUCCCUUCAACACAGCUCUCGCGGAUCACUCUCUGCUUCGCCCACGAAACAAGAAGAGCUCAGAAGAACUCAUAUCUGGAAUCCAGAAGUGCGCUCUAUCGGUAAUGGUCUGCCUCUCGUCCUCAGAAGCAAAGGCCCAAGGGAUAGAGUCCUCUGAUCCAGUACCCAUCGGCUUUGCCAUCUUGGGUUGGGGAGGUAUCCCGGCUGGUCGCGAGCAUCAUAGACGUACAUCACUGGGCAUCACACUUGGUGAUCCAUAUCAUGAUAAGGGCUAUGGAAGCGAAACUAUCAAUUGGCUCCUUGACUGGGCGUUCAGAUUUGGGGGUUAUCAUCGAGUGGGGUUGAGUACGGUUGGGUUCAAUACACGAGCUCAGCAUGUUUAUACCAAGCUGGGAUUCAAGGAAGAAGGGAGGGAGAGGGAGACAUUUUAUAUGGAUCGGAAGUGGUAUGAUAUGAUCAACUAUGGCAUGUUAGAACAGGAGUGGGCUGUUUUACGAGGGGUUGAGUAA